CCCCUCGCCCCGGGCAGCCCGGGCCGCCGGGGCCUGCGCCUGCCGCCGCUCCGCGGGGCCGCUCCCGCACCGCCACGGCUCCGGCCCCGCGCAGUUCCACCAGAGAGAAACUUGGCCCGUUAUGGCUGUGGGUGGAGGAUGAGCCACAUGAAUUCAGCUCAGCCUGUUUUCCAGCCUGCAUUGCUUCAUUGUGUGUAGCCGAUGGGAUUUGUGGCCCCGUUGAGACCAGCGAUUUGGAAGCGGGGAGUCACGCCGAGGAGCUGUGGAUGGAGCUCUGAAGCGUGCAGACCCACCACUGCUAUGGGAGACUCUGUCGGAGACCCGGUGCCCAGCUCUGCGCCGCAGGGGAACGGCGGGACGUCCCUCAGCGUCAUCACGGAGGGCGUCGGGGAGCUGGCGGUCAUCGACCCCGAGGUGGCGAAGAAAGCCUGCGAGGAGGUCCUGGAGAAAGUUAAGCUGAUGCACGGCGUUUCCUCGGACAGCUUAACAAAAGCAGCUGAUGGCAGCGAGGCGGAGCGCGCCCCGCGGACUGCUGUGGAUUUGCCCAACGGAGACGUCGUGGAGGGCUGUGAAAUCAGGUGCUUGGACGAUCUGCCCAGCACAGCCUCUAAGAUCCAGGAGGAGGACGAGACCACGGCCAACACGGUGAAAACCGCCCGCAAGCGGCAGAAGAAUAACUCUGCCAAGCAGUCGUGGCUCCUCCGGCUCUUUGAAUCCAAACUCUUUGAUAUCUCCAUGGCCAUUUCAUACUUGUACAAUUCAAAGGAACCUGGUGUGCAGGCUUACAUUGGGAAUAGGUUGUUCUGCUUUAGGAACGAGGAGGUGGACUUCUACCUGCCACAGCUGCUCAAUAUGUACAUUCACAUGGACGAGGAUGUGGGGGAUGCGAUCAAGCCCUACAUCGUGCACCGCUGCCGGCAGAGCAUCAACUUCUCCCUGCAGUGCGCCCUGCUGCUGGGCGCCUACUCCUCGGACAUGCACAUCUCCACCCAGCGACACUCCCGUGGGACCAAGCUGCGGAAACUCAUCCUCUCGGAUGAGUUGAAGCCAGCUCACAAGAAGAGGGAGCUGCCGUCCCUGAGCCCCGCGCCCGACAUGGGGCUGUCUCCUUCCAAAAGGACUCACCAGAGGUCCAAGUCGGAUGCCACGGUUACCAUCAGCCUGAGCAGCAAUCUGAAGCGCACAGCCAGCAAUCCCAAAGUCGAGAGCGAGGAAGAGCCUGUCAGACUUGCUCCCGAGAGAGAAUUCAUCAAAUCCCUGAUAGCCAUCGGGAAGCGCCUGGCCACCUUGCCGACCAAAGAGCAGAAGACCCAGCGGCUCAUCUCAGAGCUGUCGCUGCUGAACCACAAGCUGCCAGCGCGUGCCUGGCUCCCGACGGCUGGCUUCGACCAUCACGUAGUGCGGGUGCCCCACACGCAGGCAGUCGUGCUCAACUCCAAGGACAAGGCUCCUUAUUUAAUCUACGUUGAAGUACUUGAAUGUGACAAUUUCGACACAGCGAAUGUGCCUGCCCGGAUCCCUGAGAACCGCAUCCGGAGCACGCGCUCAGCCGAGAACCUCCCCGAGUGCGGGAUCACGCACGAGCAGCGGACCAGCAGCUUCACCACCGUCCCCAACUAUGACAAUGACGACGAGGCUUGGUCUGUGGACGAUAUCGUGGAGCUGCAAGUAGAGCUGCCGGAGAUUCACACCAACAGCUGUGACAACAUUUCCCAGUUCUCCGUGGACAGCAUCACCAGCCAGGAGAGCAGGGAGCCCGUGUUCAUAGCUGCUGGAGAUAUCAGGCGACGACUCUCGGAGCAGCUGGCGCACACCCCCACGGCCUUCAAGAGGGACCCCGAGGACCCAUCUGCAGUCGCCCUGAAGGAGCCCUGGCAGGAGAAAGUCAGGAGGAUCAGGGAAGGGUCCCCGUACGGCCACCUCCCCUCCUGGCGCCUCCUUUCCGUCAUCGUGAAGUGUGGGGACGACCUGCGGCAGGAGCUGCUCGCCUUCCAGGUCCUCAAGCAGCUGCAGUCCAUCUGGGAGCAGGAGCGUGUUCCCCUCUGGAUCAAGCCAUACAAAAUCCUUGUCAUCUCCGCUGACAGCGGCAUGAUUGAGCCAGUUGUGAAUGCUGUUUCCAUCCACCAAAUCAAGAAGCAAUCCUUGCUGUCGCUGCUGGAUUAUUUCCUGCAGGAACACGGCAAUUACAACACCGAAUCCUUCCUGACAGCCCAGAGGAAUUUUGUGCAGAGCUGUGCUGGUUACUGCCUGGUGUGUUACCUGCUGCAGGUCAAGGACAGGCACAAUGGCAACAUCUUGCUGGAUGCAGAUGGACACAUCAUCCACAUUGAUUUUGGGUUCAUCCUUUCCAGUUCCCCCAGGAAUCUUGGCUUUGAGACGUCUGCCUUCAAACUCACCACUGAAUUUGUGGAUGUGAUGGGUGGGCCAGACGGGGACAUGUUCAACUACUACAAGAUGCUGAUGCUGCAGGGUCUCAUCGCUGCCCGGAAGCACAUGGAUAAAGUUGUGCAGAUUGUGGAGAUAAUGCAGCAAGGUUCACAGCUCCCCUGCUUCCACGGCUCGAGCACCAUCCGCAACCUGAAGGAGCGUUUCCACAUGAACAUGACGGAAGAGCAGCUGCAGCUGCUCAUUGAGCAGAUGGUGGAUGGCAGCAUGCGCUCCAUCACCACCAAGCUCUAUGAUGGCUUCCAGUACCUCACCAACGGCAUCAUGUGAUGGAAGCGGGCCGCCUGCUCCCAGAACAGCUCCUCGCCCACCGUGGCGCCCAGCCUGGGCCUGAGCUUCACCCUCUCCGGGGAAGAGGUCUUGGGCCUCAAUGGUAAAAGUAUGCUGAGUCUCAG